UCCUCCCCCUUGCCGGGGUGCGCCUGCGCGGGCCGCCCGGGUGGCUGGGCCGUGGCGGAGCGUUCCAUGGCCGGCGGCGCGGGACCAUGGCCGAUUGCAGCGAGGAGCAGCGCAACGAGCGGGAGGCGCUGGAGUCCAUCUACCCGGACUCGUUCACGGUAUUAUCAGAAAACCCAACAAGUUUCACCAUCACAGUGACAUCUGAAGCAGGAGAAAACGAUGAAACUGUCCAGGCAACCCUUAAAUUUACCUAUGGAGAAAAAUAUCCAGAUGAAACUCCACUUUAUGAAAUAUUCUCCCAGGAGAACCUUGAAGAUAAUGAUGUCACAGACAUACUAAACCUUCUAGCACAACAGGCAGAAGAGAACUUGGGGAUGGUAAUGAUCUUCACUCUAGUGUCAGCUGUACAAGAGAAAUUAAAUGAAAUAGUGGAUCAAAUAAAAACAAGACAAGAGGAGGAAAAGAAACAGAAGGAAAGAGAAGCAGAGGAGGCAGAAAAGCUAUGUUUCCAUGGCACUCCUGUUACAAUUGAGAAUUUCCUAAGCUGGAAAGCAAAGUUUGAUGCAGAGCUCCUAGAAAUUAAAAGAAAAAAGAUGAAAGAAGAAGAGCAAUCAGGCAAAAAUAAAUUAAGUGGAAAACAACUAUUUGAAACAGAUCAUAAUCUUGACACGUCUGACAUUCAGUUCUUAGAAGAAGCUGGAAACAGCGUGGAAGUGGAUGAAUCCUUGUUCCAGGAAAUGGAUGACUUGGAGUUGGACGAUGAAGAGGAUGACCCUGAUUACAACGCUGUUGAUUUAGAUAGUGACUAAACUGAAAUUGCUGAACUGGCUGUUUCAUUGGUAUGCUUGGACACAUGUAGGGAGAAAGAGGCAGUCAGGAAAGCCACAGCAUCUGUGGCUCUACCAAGCAUGUAUUGGUUUUCAUUUUUGAAGGAAAAAAACCAAACUCUUUUAAUUUCAGGAGAAUACUCUUCUGAUGACUUUCAUCAUAAUUAAUAAAUUGGCUUUAACAUUUCAAAUGUGAAAUGUUAGGCAUAUCGUUAACCUGUAUGAAGUCUAGAAACCCAGACAUCUGUUCUGUUCUCCCUUCCCACCUCAAUAACUGCCCUUGAAGAGAUCAGACAUGCAAGGUGGAAAGGUGCUAGGGCAGAUGCUGCAUGGGCGGCAGUACAAAGGUGUGCUGAGCACCUGUUCUGUUCUCUUCAGCCUGAGAUACGUGUGGAAGUUCUGGUGAAGAAAUGGGGAGUGCUUACUAUAAACCUGCUCUAUCUGUGGGACUCUACAAUGCUUCGUAUACAAUGUAUUAAUGAUGCUUGUAACCGUUCUCAUUCAUUAAUGGCUAGAGAGAGACUGACUGGUGGUGACCUUCCAACUUCACACCACCUCCUCAGAGUUCCAUGUUAGAUGAUAUUCUUCCUCUUCCCCAUACUACAGCAGCACCACCAAUAACACUGCUGAUGUUAAAGAUAAAAUAGUUUCUGCAUUAGAAAGGUGAUUUGAUAACUUGGCCAUUGCAGGAUACAUAGGGUUUAAAAUUGACGUCUUGGGUCCGAUUUUUUUAAAAGUAAAACCAGAGCAGUAAAAACCCUUUAAUUGCUCUUCUUUUCAAAUUUUAACUUUCUUGGCCAUAAUCCAGACAAGAAUUUGGAAAAAAGUUCUAAAGGACAUGGAGGCCUUAAAAUAACUUUCAAACGUUUGAUAGAUCAGUUUGAAAGGCAACUUCUAUUUUGAACUUGUGCAGUAGUUAACCUUUAUUGAAAAUGUUAUAAAAACAAUAAUUUAAUUAAUGGGACUUAUUCCCUACAAUCAGCAGUGUACAAGACCACACCAUUGUCGUUAAACUUGAGUAACAGUUCAGAAUACUGUCUCUCUUAGAUACCAUGGCACCUUGUAAUUACUAGGUGUGGCAUUACGUUGAAGUCAACUGUGGUGAAAAGUCUGUUAGUGCAAGAUAGAGCAAAAAGAUCCAGCCAAGCUGCAGGAACCAACAUGCAGAUGUUAGCUCAGCUGUUUCCUUGGGCUUAGAGUGGCAUCAGCUUGCUCUGUGCUUUGCUGCACUGUUUUGUGUUCCACAAUAGUACAGCUAGGAGAAGAGCAGUAGGAUUGCUGGAAGAUCACAGGCUAUGGAGAGAGGUGCGAAAUGGAAGACUAUUGCUAAUGAGAGGAAGAUGUAGCAUGUGAGUGUGGGUCUAAGAGUAAGGAGGAUGCUGUAUUUUCCUUAGAAGAAGGAACAGGAAAACAUUUUAAAUGGAGAAAUAGAGGAAAGUGAAUAAACCAAGGCAAGAAAUAUAAGCAAAAGUGGAUAACUGAAUUGGGGAGGGAAGGCUAGUGAGACAUGGAGGGAGGGGAGAAGACACUAUUGUAACUCCUCUGUGAUUAUAGAUCAAGCUGCAAUAGAUGUUUGCUAUUGAUCAUCAGUUAUAAAUGAAAAUCCAAGGAUCUCCGUGUUGCUAAAUAUUUUAGCAGGUUUACUUCUUGUUUAUGAAGAUACGAUCUCGCUUCCUCUGAUGGAAAAAUAUUCAUAAUGUAAUAUAAUAUUUUUCAAGGAUGACUUGAGGCUCUUUUGAAUAAAGUAGUUUGGGAUACUGUAUACAAAAGGAACUAAGUACAGGUAUGCCUUGUUAUCGUAUGAGUGAUUGUUCAAACAAUAACUAGGCGUAAAGCUAAUUUCAAGACACAGGUCUCUGAAUAAAUUGGGAUCAGGGAGCUGCCAAGCCUCUAGAUGAUGGAGGUUUGUGUGCGCACUCUAAAUUUUAAUGUAUUUUUAGUAUGACUAUUUUAGCUAUCAGGGCUUCAAGCAAGUUAAUUUGUUUGUAUGCGGAGUGUUUACUGCUAUUGCCACAUUUGCUCUGAGAACUAGAAAUAUUUAACUUUUAGUUACAUAUUUAGAAAUGGGAACCUUCAGACCAGAAGCCCCUAUGUAGCAUGAUACUGUCACAUUCUGGGGUGCAUUUCAGAACUGAGGGCUUGUCCCUGCUUGCCCUGCAACCUUGUGUGCCUCAGUGCUUUACUGUUGUAGCUCCCAGUCUGGGCCACCCCCAAACAGCCUGCCAGCAUCCAGGUCACACUGAGUGUCCACAUAUAGCUAUACGCUUGGUCCAGCAACUCUGACCCCAGUAGCCUCUCAACAGCAUACUAGCGCCACACUGACUUCCAGCAACCUUGGUUACUACUUUCAGGAUGGCCCCGACACGCUCCCAAAUGUUGGACUGUUCAGAUAUUAGAGGUCCUUUGCAGCUGUAAGGGGUCAAAAUUCAGCUGUUUGCUAUUCUCCUGGAGUUACCAAACCGUUCAGUUUAAACACAACACUGGAUUAGUUUGUAGUUAGAUAAACUUAUUUCAUUUUUUAAUCUUAAAAUAGGUUUUAAGUGAGUACAAGUGUUAGGUAUUAAAGUCAGGAAUGGUUACAAGAGAAAUAAAGACAAAAUGCUUUCUAGUAGCUAAAACUUAAUAAGCUAGACUUGGUUCAAGGUAAAAUCCUUACCGCAGGUUCUCAGCAACACAGAUGACCAUAUUCUCUCUUCAGGGUUUCCCCUCAGAGUCAGAGGUGGUUACUGUGUCUCUGUUACUGUGUCUCUCUUAGGUGAAAGAGACACAGAGGCAGGGAGAGAUCUGUUGGGGGUGUUUUUGCCUCUCACUUUUAUAGUUGAGUCACCCUUUGCAAUGGAUUCUUCUAAAGAUUACCCCUUAAAGCAAAGUUUAUUCAAACAGUAAAGAAGGUAACAUGGAGUUGGGUGGUGAAGGUGGUUCCUUGCUCUUUCUUCUUCCCUGUGUAUGCUGAAAUGCAGAUUUGCCUUAUCUCCUGCCAUUUCCCGUCUUGCUGUCUCAAGGAUCCUGUUUACUACUUACAUGUACAUUGAGGGAAACACACAUUUUGUUGUGUAGGAUAAACCAGUUGAACAACUUUUGCCAAGGCAGGGCUGGGUGGGUUUGAAUAUGUGCUGACAAUAUCAUACAGGGGGCAUUUAUAACUUUACAUAUAAUGUUGCUACAUGUAGUAAGAAGAUGGCCUGAAACAUAAGGCCUUGUAUCAGAGGCCUGGGAUAAAGUAAUGGUCAUAACUUGCUAAUAUAAAGCAAAGUUAAGUUGUGAGCAAAAGGUAGGCCCAGAUCACAGAAUCUGGCAAGAACAGGGCUGAUAUUGCAGAAACACAUAUUCCUAAGUAGUGCUAGGCAUAAGCAUAUAGAUGCAAACACAUUCCAGAAAGGUGGUACCAGAACACCUUGAUGCCAGCACAUUCCCCAACGAUAACAGAAACACACUGACCCAUCCUGAAGAUAAGGUCAGGAUGACAGUAUGAUGGAUAGAGAUGUUUGGAUCAAACCAACACAUACAAGGUAAUUGGUGGCACCCUGGUACAUCAGGGUCAAUACGUAAUUUUUUGCAUUGGUGUGUAAGAGGUAUCUCAGAGGGAGUGUCUUUGGCCAGCCUAGGGAGCAGUGGAAAGUCCUGCCACUGACUGAGCUGCAUCCAUUGUCACGAGCAUACAUGUGCUAGUAUCCUUGUAGAGUCUGCCAGGUGCUAUUCCUGUGCUUCAUCGACAAUAAACCUGGCUGGGCGCCUUCGCUGCUAAA